AUGGACCGCAAGCCUUCCGAUCGACCAGACAGUUCAAAUUGCCUUAACUUGCCAGAGGAAGACCCGGAAACUUCUGGCAACAGGAGGCAACAGCCACGCCGCGCUGCUGCGGGCGACUCGGCGGGCAGGGCGGGUCCCGGGCGAGGGCAGGCGACGGGGCCCCGACUCCCCGGUCCGCGCCGCCGUCCCCGCCGCCCCGCGCCCGGGACCCGCCUACCUGUUGUGCCCGGGGAUCCCCGCCCCGCCCCGCCGCAGCCCAGCCCCGCGCCCGGCCGCCGCCGGGACCCCGUCCCCUCCGCCGUGCCCGGGCCGGGUCCGCAGUCUCCGCCCCGCGCCCACCGGGGUCGCGCGCCGCCCGGCCCAGCCGCCCGCCCCGCCCCGUCGCGGGCCCCGGCUCACACGCGUCCCAGCGGUGCCACGUUGGCGGCUCCGCGACGGCCCAGCGGCGCCCGCCUCACCGCAGGCGACUGCGGGGCCGAGCCGGCGGGCGGGGCUGACAGCGCGGCGGGAGCGGCCAUUGGGAGGGCGCGGCCCCUCCCGCGCCCAGGCCCGCCAGCCGCCCGCCGAGCCGCGGAGCGCGCCCUGGGCAGGCGUGACCACUCCAGCGCCGAGAGAGCGAUGGGGCCCCUGAGGCCCAGGUCGCGCCCGGGACGGCGGGCUCGCCGGGAGGUUCCGGCCACAGCUAUUUUUGCCUGUUUUCGUCGCCAGCCGGAAUUUACGAUUGCGGCUUUGCGGCUUCGAAGGCGAAGGCGCCACAAGAGCCUGGAAAAAUUCAGGCAGGGCCAAAGCUGUGGGAGGAUUCGACGGAACCUCGCCCGGAGAAGGGGCUGAAGAACCUUGAUGGAAACCAAGCUUACAGGAAGGUUGCCGACGUAGAAGAAAAAGAUUGUUCCCCUGAACCGUUCUGAGAUUUAAGUUGCAAACGUGAUGCCACACUGCCCCUGGGCACCUUCCACAUGGUCACGGCAACUGCCUUAGCCACACUCCGUGGGAUACAUUCGCUUUGCUGGUUGUCUCAAUACUGUUCUUUAUAAGUAAAGCUCUUCAGUUUUAACAUAAACGUUCUAGGUACUUGCGAUCGAUAUCUUCAACCUUAGUCUUUGAUUUUUGCAAUACUGUUGAAGAUUAUUAGCUCCUGUUUUUACAGAAAGGCCUUUAGUUUGAGUCUGUCUGAUAGUUGUGAUUAGAUGUAAACUAGAUAUCUUUGAGGACUCUCACAAGUAAUUGUGUGUUCAUCUGUGUCUGUGUUUGCUUUUUCAUUUCUUCCCACCAAAUUGGGGAAAAAAGUUAUUUUCCGUCUUUGUAAUUAGUGUGUAUUUUCUGAGGAAACUUCCUUGAAACUCUCCUGUUUCAAGGUACUCUAAGUAACCUUGUUUAGAAAUUUAUUAUUUAUAUUCCUGUAUCUAGAGGUUUUUACUUCAUUAAGUUGGUUAUAGUUUGCUUCCGUUAUUUACUUAUGUUUUACAACUAUAUAUUUGUGUGUGGGCAUGUGUGCAUGCAGUUCCCACAGGGGCCAGAAGAGGGCAUCAGAUCUCCCAGAACUGGAGUUACAGGCAGUUGUGAGCUCCCUGGAGUUCUGGGAACUGAACUAGGGUCCUCUGCAAGAGCCCUGAGUGUUUGCCUUUCUUUUUUGUUUUUUGUUCCU